GGGUGUUAAAUCUGAAGGGUCACCAAAUAUGGCGAACUGUUAGCGUCCGUUAGCUUGUCCAGUUUAGCCCACGGGAAGCUGUAGAAGUCCGAUGGCUUCAUUUGGCUGGAAGAGGAAAGUUGGCGAGAAGGUUUCGAAGUCAGUGGUGCUGCAGUUUGAGGCUGAAGCAGAGAAGGCUGGGGUUGAUGGACCGAGUCAGGAUGAGGAGGUGGACUGGCAGCGCGCCAUCAAACGACGGAGGGAGAUCCUGCUGGACGAUUGUGCAGCCAAGAGCAAGAGGCUGAAGGAUGAGGGAGCACAGCUGGCCGAGCAUGGCAGGCACUGGGAGGCCAUUAAGAAGUGGGACGAGGCCAUUCAGCUGACUCCAGAGAACCCAGUCCUGUAUGAGAUGAAAUCUCAGGUACUGACCAUUCUGCAUGAAGUGUUCCCCGCUGUGACGGCAGCGGAGAUGGCGGUGAAGUUCCGCCCCCUUUGGUGGGAGGGCUGGCAGACUCUGGGCCGUGCCCAGCUCAACAUGGGAGAGGUGGACCUGGCCGUGAGGUCCUUCCAGGUUGCUAUCCACCUGUGCCCGUCAGAGCGCACCCUGUGGCAGGAGGACCUGGCGUGGGCAUGCAAGUUACAGAAGCAGCACGUAGCAACCGAGGAGAAAAUACGGCAAGAGGAGGAGGCCAAAAAACAGAUCCUUCAUGCCCCUGAGCUCGAGCAGGACUAUGAUUUUGAGUCUGAUGAGGUGCUGGCCGCCUGCGAGGCCGUUGCCGAGCGACAGACGCGCUACGAGGAGCUGAAGAGGACCACCGUGGUCAUAGACGCUGAGGGAAACAUAAAAAAUGUCGUCGCUGGAGAAGGGGGAUCAGAGGACACAGAGAUACUACCAAAGGAACAGUUUGUCAAAGCAAGAGGACUUUGAACUGGUCUCAGCAUGACUGUCCCGGUUGCAUUUUUCAGGACUGAAUGGCAUUCUGUCUGAAACCACUGUGAGUGUGUGAAGCUAUGGCACGAAGAAAAUAUCUUGAGACGACACCAUGGGAACUGACUAACUCUAGUGACGGGUUGUUUGCAACAGAAUAAAAGACAAUUGAGUUUUGUUGUUUUAUGUUUUCCAUCCCUUUAAUGUUAAUUGUGUUAAAUGUGCAUUUAAAGUUUUUUACAUGCACACGCAAAGAUUAAAGAUUUAGAUUUUUUUUUUGCUGUAAGUCAAAUUUGCUUCCAGACAACCAAGAUGUUGGAGCUAUAAACUGUAACAUCGAGUCCUGUUUCAUUGUAAUGUGGACAUUUAUUUUAUGACCCUCUUUUGUUUCCUCUAAUAUGUGCAAUAGCACUUGUAGCUAAUAGCUAAUGAACGCUGUGGUUGCAUUAGAAUUGACUUUACACUUGAUAGAGUCUGUAGGUUUUAAUGAAAUUAAAAGGAAGGAAAACAAAAGCUCCAAUUGUGCUGUAAUUAUCCUAUAGAUGAAGCAGUGAAAAGCUGUUUACACAUUAAUGAAGAAACACAAUCAGACUUUUGCAUUAAAGCUGUUUGCCUCUAUAGCACAUUAAAUGUAUCUUUCAGAAAGCAAAAUCAAUAAAGAGAGGUGCUAGAAAUGUCAUGGAAUAAAAGAGUUCUCCUGUGUUGUGCACAUCAAGUCUGAUAGAGGAAUGUUAACGACCUGUGUGAGGUUCCCAUGUAUCUGUGUUUGUGAAACAGGCUGUUACUGUAGAAGACGACUUGUGCUCAGCACAUUGUGAGCGAGUAAUAAACAUGAA